AUGCCUCCGUCAGCGAUUCAGGAUCAUGGCAUUUCUAUCAUUUACCAGCCGGCGAUUGGUAACGCUGUAGUCGACAUAUUGGUCAUCCAUGGUCUUCAGGGGCAUCCAUAUAAAACCUGGGCUCGGAAGCUGUUGCCUGCAGACAAUGCUCGCCGUUUUGUUGAAACUCCAAAGCCAGACAAGGGCGGUCGUAGCAAAUCAUUUCGGCGUAUCAUCCCGCUGUUCACCAAGAGGCAGUCCAACAGUGGUCACCCCGGAUACCAGGCCCAAGCAGAGAGUAGCCCUGCUCUGCAGGCCCUCUCCGUGUUCUGGCCAGAAGAUCUUUUGCCUGAGGAUUUCCCAAGUUCUCGCAUCAUGGUCUAUGGGUACGACACCCAGGUGACACAGUACAAUAUUAAGAAGUCAACGAACAAAAAUGGAGUGUAUCAGCAUGCUAAAGACUUGCUGUUUGCCAUCGCCCGCGAGAGAGUGCCUGGGCGCCCGAUCGUCUUCAUUGCUCAUAGCCUUGGGGGCAUUGUUGUCAAAGACAUGCUUGCGCAGUCAUCUGCCUCUAGCGACUCUGAACUUCAAGACAUCGUUGGGAGCACAAAGGCUGUUCUUUUCCUGGGUACACCUCACCGAGGUAGCCCCGAUUUGGCUGCGCUUGGAGAAUGGGCUCGAAGUGUUCUAAGCCUGUCUGGGCGGGAAACAAACUCAGCCAUCUUAGACGCGUUGGGACUCCGAACAGCAGAUCUUGAGAGGGCCCAAGAUGCAUUCUCACAGCUGUGGAAUAAGCACGGCUUCCGCGUCAAGACAUUUCAAGAAAGUCUCGGUCUUACCGGCAUUGACCUGGGAGUCUUGGGAAACAAAGUAGUUCCAAACUCUUCCUCGUUGCUUGGAGACUCCCGUGAGCGUGCCGAGACUAUACAAGGAAAUCAUAUGGACAUGUGUCGGUUCAUCGGGAGAGAAGAUACCGGCUAUAGGAAACUUACCGGAGAGCUUCGAAGUACCUAUAACGAACUCGUCAGCUCCGCAUCUGGGGCGGCUAUGAGCCAUCAGCUGGUGUCGCAGUCCUCACCGGCGCUCGUGAAUACUAAGCUUUCAGAGUUGCCUCACAGCAUUCCCCAAGAUCAAGAGGUUUCGAUUGAGGCCUUCAAGGAGAAGAUAGGAUUCCCUAGCGUAGAUCUACGGUACCAAAAUAUUGAGCGGCCGGCCAGCAAUACGUGUGAAUGGCUUUUCCGACACAACAGCUACGAGAAGUGGUUCAAUUGCGGCCAAGGAACCGUAGGACACCGCCCGACCGAGAACCUUCAAAAUGGCCUGCUAUGGCUUAAAGGAAGUCCGGGAACAGGAAAGUCCACUCUCAUGAAGGAAGCUUUCUCUCGUGCUGCACGUGAGCAACCAAACUCGGAUUACUUGACAGCGGCUUUCUUCUUCAACGCCAAGGGCGAAACCCUAGAUCACUCUGCUACUGGUCUCUUUAGAUCAUUGCUACUUCAGCUGCUUCCGUAUUGUUCUGACGAGAAGGUACCGUUCCUUCAAUUCUUGAACGAUCAAUCCGCAUCAAACACCAACUCCUGGCGGGAGGCCGACUUACAAAUACUAUUUGAAUCGGUCAUCGCGAAACUCAACCGCAAACGAAUCAUCAUAUUCAUUGACGCUCUCGAUGAGUGUGACUCCUACAGCUUGGGGUAUCAUGUUGAGUUCUGGAGAUAUCUCGUAUCAAAAGAGCAUUGCAAUAUGGCUAUUCUCAACGUCUGUAUAUCCAGCCGAAAGUAUCCCCACGUCGGCGUAAGCAAUUGCCUAGAACUUGAUGUGACUGACCACAAUGGUCAGGACAUUGCUGCCUAUGUUGACUGGAAACUGUCUUUGAGGCUCGAACAGGAGGCCAAAGGAAGAUCUCUCAUCAGAGAAGGAAUCAUUAGCAAGGCUGGAGGGGUAUUUCUUUGGGCAUCUUUGGUCCUUGAUGACUUGCUCAAACAGCACGAUCGAGGUCGCAGCCUUCAAUAUCUGCACAACCAUUUGAACUGCUUACCUGAGGAACUGGAUGAUCUCUACACGCAGAUACUGAAUGGCCUAGACGCUGCUUCAAAACCUCUGGCUCUUCGUCUUUUCCAAUGGGCAACCCUUGCAAUUACGCCUCUCCGCAUCCACGAAUGGCACCAUAUAUUGGCGUUCAUACAGAAACCAGCACCUUCUUCCCUCAGCAGCUGGAAAACCUCUGAAAACUUUACCGAUGACGAUGACCAGUUAAUAAGACGAUUGAGAGCAAUCUCGUGUGGCCUAAUCGAGGUAUGCACAGUCGCCGACUACAAGGAUGACGAGUCUGAAAAGUUAUCCGUUCGUGCUGGUGCUGGGUCCCUCGACCUAGAACAUGGGCAGACACGGGUCGUCCAAGUCAUCCACGAAUCCGUCCGGGAUUACUUCUUACGCGGCAGAGGGUUCUCAGCUCUCGGACUUAUAACACACACGCGUCACGCAAUUGGACAGGGUCAUCUUUCAAUUAUGAAUACCUGCCUCGAUUAUCUCAACAUUACGGAGUUGGAUGCUCUUGUUCAAGCUAGGUUAGACGACCACACUGGAAACGGUCAGGACUUGAACCUUCGAAAGAACAGUCCAACAGUUCCAGCCGUCCAUGAUCUGUUUACAUCAUACUAUCAGGAACAAACAACCCUCAAUUCUCAGUUGGGUCGCUCUUCGCCUCGUGGUGUUAAGAGGAGAGCUAGCGUUGCCAGCUUCGGUUCUGCAAGUAGUCAUGGGUUCGGCGCAGACUCUCCUGCUACUCCAGUUUUUCAUGACGGAGAGCAAAAUCCUAUUCCCAAUAUAAGGGUUAUCGAGAGCGAUUUCCCUCGUGAGCGGGGGCAGAACUCAUAUGGACCAAGUCGUAACACCGAAAUGAAUGUUGAGCUUUGGGUUCGCGCAAGUCAGGCUUUUCGGGAAGUAUCACCCUCUCAGUCCACCGCCUUGUCCCCCGCAAGUCUUUUUUCAGGCGUAUCUCAAGUAUUAGAGGACUUCCCAGCGCUUCUUUCUUAUGCAAUGUCCGCAAUGUUUGUCCAUGCUCGGCAGGCCGAAGAUUCCGGCGCUGAUCCUACCUUCCUUGUGCAGCGUCUUUCCAAGCUUUGGCCUCGUUGGAAAGCACUGAAGGAAGACAUAUCACAUCAAACGGGCCUACUUUACUAUGCAGCUGACCAAGGCCUCUCUUCUUGGCAAAGCCAACUAUGGGGAAGCGCUACGCAAGCUAUGCAGGAAGCUGUCUGUAGAAAACACUACCAGGCUCUCGAUUUCCUUUUGGAGCACACUCAUCGCGCCUUUUCACUAACUUACAUACAGAAGAGGGAAAUUCUACCCUGGAUCAUCGAACAGGGCGAUUGCUACUCUCUGCGGAUCUUUUUGGGCCAUGCCAGCAGAUGGAGAGAGGGCUGGCUGCCAACUAAUUCCUAUUCCCUGGUUGACGAAUCGAACCUGGAAGGUCAGACACCUUUGCAAACCGCUGUCAUGAAGUGCAACCUCGAUGCAGUUUCGAUACUGCUACAACACGGCGCCAAUGUGAACGCUAUCGACACCGAAAAACGCACAGCUUUACAUAUUGCCUGUUUCAAUAAGCCGGGCUGGAGGCUAGAUCCGUCAUGCAGGAAGCUUGAGCCUCAAGGGCCCCAUUGUGCAAUAGUCGCACUCCUUAUCCGUAACGGAGCCUCUGUCAAUAGUCUUGAUAACAUGGGCCGGACGCCGCUUUACGGGGCUUGUUACGGGCCAUUCUGGCCUGGACAGGAAGACAACGUGCAUCCAGGUGAGAGGCCUUCGGGUACGAAGGAGUUUAGCUGCCAGCUCGCCCAGGCCUCCACCAAUGCCGCUGCACAGAACAGAGAUGGACAGUCUCCUUGUCGCGACAGUGACGUGUUGCAUACUGAUGAAUGCAGAAGUAAGCUACAUGUUGUUGCGGCAUUAUUAGAUAGAGGCGCACACAUCAACUCAAUCUCGUAUCGAAGCGAGACACCCCUUCACAUGGCAUCAUUCUGGCAGGACAUAGAUGUGGUGAGACACCUACUUCACCAAGGUGCAAACGUCUUGGCGAAAGACUGCGAAGGACGACAGCCUGUGCACAAUGCCUCGUGGUCUUCCUCACCCGAAGUCGUCGAAGAGCUUCUGAGACAUAUGGCGCAGUCUGUCGAUUCUCAGGACGCGUGUGGCUGUACACCGCUGCAGCUGGCCUGCCAUCCUGCUUCCAAGGCAAAUAGGGAAGGUAGGGGCCUAGGUAUUAUCCGGACAUUGUUGGGCAAGGGCGCCAAGGGCUGGACGAUUGCGAACAAUGAAGGGUAUAACGCGUUUCACAUUGCGAAACAUUUCAAUUUCAGUGAGGCUAUGGAUCUGCUGGUGGACCUGGGCUGCGAUUCUCCGGGGCACGGGUCUAAUCUGACAACUUCUGGCCUCGGGGCAAGCAUAUAG